AUGUGUCUCUGCUCUUUCAGCUUCCAGUCAUUCCUGCGGCAAUGGACGUCAACGUGCACCCCGAGGGAAGAAGUCCGUAAGCUCACGGCUGUCAAGCUGUCCCGGUCGAGACGCAAAGUACGCGCGACGCGUGCGUGGUGCGACAGUCUCAUCUACUCGAAUCUGGUGUACGCACUAGCGGCGGUCUUUUCGUUCAGCUGCGAUCAGAUGGUCUGCGGCAUCCUGCAGAUGAGUGCGGCCGUUGCGUCGACCAUGUUCCACCGCUCGAAAGAGACCAAGUAUUUGUUGCUCGACGCGCUCAUCAGCGGUACACUGGGUCUCAUCUUUAUCUUUGCCGGCCAACACACGCUCUCGAACGCGUGGUACGGCAUUCUGGCGGCGAAGGUGGUGCUGGCCUCGCUCUGUGCCUUUACGUGGCUUUACUGUGGCAUGCCCGGCGGGAAGCGCUACGAUAAGUGGCACAACCGCUGGCACUACGUCUCGGGAGCGACCACAAUCUCGACGACGCUGUUCUUGACGAUGUACUUGCCCGAGUUUGACAUACUCCUGCAUGAACUCGUUCAGGAUAUAGUGAGUGUCAGAAGCAUGUUUGUCUGA